AUGACAAAACCAUUUAUGUUUUUAACAUGCCUCAUACCAGGACCACAUAAUCCAAAAGCUCAUAUUGAUGUGUACUUACAGCCAUUAAUAGACGAGCUUCAGAACUUGUGGAAUCAAGGGGAUUUGACUUAUGAUAUCUCCACUAAACAAAACUUUGUAAUGAAGGCAGCAUUAAUGUGGACAAUUAAUGACUUUCUAGCUUACGGUAUGUUAUCAGGGUGGAGUACUCAAGGAAAGUUGGCAUGUCCGGUGUGUAUGGAUGGAAAUAAGGCUUUUACAUUGGAUUAUGGUGGAAAAAAUUUAUGGUUUGAUUGUCACCGUAGGUUCUUACCACAUAAUCAUGCCUUCCGAAGAAGUAAGAAAAGGUUCAGGAAAAAUAAAGUUGUGAGAGAAGAGCCACCUCCUUUAUUGGCAGGAGAAGAAGUAUAUUGUUGGGUUCGUGAUCUUUGGGAAAUGGUAGAUAAUCGAGUUUCUAAAUUAAAAGGAUAUGGAAAAAGCCAUAAUUGGUCUAAACGAAGCAUAUUUUGGGAUCUUCCAUAUUGGAAAGACAAUUUAUUAAGGCACAAUCUAGACGUGAUGCACAUUGAGAAAAAUGUCUUCGAUAAUGUGUUUAAUACAGUCAUGAAUAUUAAAGACAAGACAAAGGACAAUGAAAAAGCUAGAAUGGACUUGGCCGUCAUUUGUCAACAUAGUGACUUAGAGUUGAUUACACACGACAAUGGAAAGAUGACAAAACCUAAGGCAAAUUACUGUCUUUCUUCUGAUGAGGCAAAAAAAGUUUGUAAAUGGAUAAAGGAGCUUAAGACGCCGGAUGGAUAUGCUUCAAACUUGGCUAGAUGUGUGGAUGUCAAUAAAGGGAAAGUGCACGGAAUGAAAAGUCAUGAUUGUCACGUGUUUAUGCAGUGUUUACUUCCAUUUGCAUUUAGUUCAUUGCCUGAUCUUGUAUGGAAACCACUUACAGAGUUAAGUCAAUUCUUUAAGGGAUUAUGCAGCAAUACCUUGAGAAAAGAUGAAUUGAUUAAAUUAGGUGAUAACAUUCCAAUCAUCAUAUGCAAACUUGAAAGAAUAUUUCCACCAGGAUUCUUCGAUUCAAUGGAACAUCUACCAAUUCACCUUCCCUAUGAGGCACUGCUUGGUGGUCCAGUACAAUAUCGGUGGAUGUAUCCAUUUGAGAGAAUGAUGGGCGAUUUUAAGUGGUCGGUGAAGAAUAAGGCUAGAGUGGAAGGCUCAAUAUGCACCUUGUCUGCCACAAGUCAACGUAAUGAAGCGUUAGGACUGAACGAUGAUGUAACACCAACAUUGUCACUAAGCAACCCUCUAGGCCGUCCUAGUGGAAAACCCCAAAUAUAUUGGUUGACGGAUGCUGAAUGGAGAUCUGCUCAUGCCACUAAUGAGGGAAAUGGUGUGACGGACAAAAAAAUAAUAUCAUUAGCUUGGGGUCCUGAAUCAAAUGCCAUGAGUUGGCACAAGUACUUCAUUAAUGGGUACAAAUUUCACACACAAGCAUGGAGUCAAGGUAAAAAGACCAUAAAUAGUGGGGUUUAUGUGAAGGGGAUUACAGAAGGCGGGGAAGAUGAUUUCUAUGGAGUCAUUAAACAUAUCUUUGAGUUGGAAUAUCAUGAAUUGUCUCACAAAGUAGCCUUGUUUUACUGUCAAUGGUUUGAUCCAAAACGAGGUAAAGGAACAAAAGUUCAUCCACAUUAUGAUAUUGUAGAUAUCAAGAUGAACAGUAAGUAUGAUCGUUAUGAUCCAUUCAUAAUUGCUCAAAAGGCCAAACAAGUGUAUUAUGUACCUUACCCAGAAAUGCGUAUAGACAAACGUGGUUGGAAUGCAGUGAUAAAGACAAAGCCUAGAGGUCGUAUAGAGGUUGUUGACAUUGAUGAUGAUACACCCUAUCAAGAUGAAGAGAUGGCUCACGUUGAACAAAUAACCGAAAUUGAAGAUAUGGCCGGCUUGCACGAUGAAACACAUAGUGAUGAAGAAGUUGAUGUUACAUUAAUUACUGCCAUUCAAAUGGGUGCUAGUGUAGACAAUGAUUAUAGGGAAGAUAAUAAUAUCGAUGACGAAGAUACUAACACCAUAUUCUCCAUAUCUUCAACACCUUCCAAGAGUGAGUUGAAGAAAAUAGCUAGAGCAACUUGUUUUACCAUUCAUGAUUACACCUUAUAA